CCUUUAAAAUUAUGGACAGUCCCAAGGCACCCUCUAAAAUUAUGGACAGUCUUGAGGCACCCUUUAAAAUUAUGGACAGUCCCGAGGCACCCUCUAAAAUUAUGGACAGUCCCGAGGCACCCUUUAAAAUUAUGGACAGUCUUGAGGCACCCUUUAAAAUUAUGGACAGUCCCAAGGCACUCUCUAAAAUUAUGGACAGUCCCAAAGCACCCUUUAAAAUUAUGGACAGUCUCGAGGCACCCUUUAAAAUUAUGGACAGUCUCGAGGCACCCUUUAAAAUUAUGGAAAGUCCU